AUGACUACGGACAACUUGUCCGCAGUACUGUAUGGUGUGGACGACAUUCGCCUUGAGCAAAGGGACAUUCCUACACCUGCGGACAAUCAGCUGUUGAUCAGAGUACACACAGUGGGUAUAUGCGGCUCCGACGUCCACUACUGGACCCAUGGUGCAAUUGGAAAUUUCGUCGUCAAGGAACCAAUGGUACUUGGACAUGAGACAAGUGGUACUGUAGCAGGUGUGGGCCGCAGCGUGGUUGGUUUCGCUGUUGGUGAUCGUGUUGCGAUAGAGCCAGGCGUGCCGUGCCGAUAUUGCAUGUAUUGCAAGGUUAGCGUUUUCAAUGGGAAAAUCUCAAUCGGUUCUAUGUGA